AUGGCGCUGAUUGAAUACGCCUUGUCGCCCUGGGCGAUUGUUGCUCUUGCUGGAGCGCUGGUCGCAUCGUAUCUGCAUCAGUACUUUGUCACAUACGGGCCGCUGCGCCGCUUUGCAGCUCCCUUUCCAGCUCAGUUCUCGAAUCUCUGGCUGCUGUCCGUCUGUCGUCGAGGCAAUCGGUACGAAACUGUAGAUAAGCUGCACAAGAAGCUGGGCAAGUUUGUGCGAAUCCAGCCAAACCACAUUUCGAUUGCCGAUGACGAGGCCAUCAAUCUCGUCUAUGGCCACUCCAAUGGCUUCUUGAAGUCUGAAUUCUACGAUGCCUUUGUCUCGAUUCGCCGUGGCCUCUUCAACACGCGCGACCGCGCUGAGCACACUCGCAAGCGAAAGAUGGUUUCUCACACCUUCUCCGCAAAGUCCAUCGUCCAGUUUGAGCCGUAUAUCCAUCAGAAUCUUGAACUCUUUGUCCAGCAGAUGGAUCGCCUCGUCGACACUAGCUCCUACAAAGGCGAGAAUGGCCGAAAGGAGGCUCGCAUCGACUGUCUUCCCUGGUUCAACUAUCUUGCCUUUGACGUCAUUGGUGACCUCGCAUUUGGAGCUCCCUUUGGCAUGCUUGAAAAGGGAGUAGAUCUUGCUGAAGUGCGAGAUGCCCCGGAUAGCCCACCCAUCUAUGCACCAGCCAUUGAGAUUCUGAACCGCCGCGGUGAAGUGAGCGCGACUCUGGGCUGCUUCCCGGCCUUGAAGCCUUAUGCCAAAUAUCUUCCGGAUCCUUUCUACAGCAACGGCCUUGCCGCCAUCCAGAAUCUUGCCGGAAUUGCCAUUGCCUGUGUGAAGCGACGACUUGACAACCCUCCCGACGUUGAACGCAAAGAUCUCCUCGCCCGAUUGAUUGAAGGUCGUGACGACAAGGGAGAGCCGCUUGGAAGAGAAGAGCUGACAGCAGAGGCUUUGACCCAGCUCAUCGCAGGCAGUGACACUACCUCCAACUCUUCGUGCGCGCUGUUGAACUACGUCGUCCGCACUCCUGGUGUCCUCGACAAGAUGCAGGCUGAGCUUGAUGCCGCUAUUCCCCAGGGCGUCGAUGUCCCAACAUUCGAAAUGGUUCGCGACCUGCCCUACCUUGCUGCCGUCAUCAACGAGACUCUCCGCCACCACUCGACUUCCGGUAUUGGUCUCCCUCGCCAAGUCCCCCCGGAGUCUCCUGGCGUCACCAUCUGCGGCGAAUUCUUCACUGCCGGCACCGUCCUCAGCGUUCCCACCUACACGAUGCACCACUCUACGGAUAUUUGGGGCCCUGAUGCUGAGGAUUUCAACCCAGACAGAUGGGCAAAGUUGACUCAGCGACAGAAGGAUGCCUUUAUUCCUUUCAGCCACGGACCUAGAGCAUGCGUCGGUAGAAACGUGGCUGAGAUGGAGAUGAAAUUGAUUGCAGCUACCUGGGCGAGGAGGUACAGCGCAAAGGUUCUUCAGGGGCCUAUGGAGACACGAGAGGGCUUCUUGAGGAAGCCUCUGGGGUUGGAUAUUGCCCUGUUUAAGAGGUAA